GUCUACUCGUUCGUGUCUACAGUAAAGCGGCUAGCUGGACCAUCCAGUAUCGUUACGACGGUCUAGGUCGGCGUGUGGCAUCUAGAAACAGUCUGGGCCAACACCUGCAGUUCUUCUACGCUGACCUGAACUACCCCACUAGGAUCACCCACGUCUAUAACCACUCUAGCUCUGAGAUAACAUCCUUUUACUACGAUCUGCAGGGCCAUGUGUUUGCUAUGGAGAUCAGUAGUGGAGAGGAGUUUUAUAUUGCAUGUGAUAACACUGGGACCCCACUGGCUGUCUUCAGCAACAAUGGACUGUUGCUUAAACAGGUGCAGUACACAGCAUAUGGCGAGGUUUACUUUGAUUCCAACCCAGACUUUGUGCUGGUAAUUGGUUUCCAUGGAGGCCUGUAUGAUCCUCUGACACGACUGCUGCAUUUUGGAGACAGAGACUAUGACAUCCCUGCUGGGAGGUGGACAACUCCUGACAUCAGCACAUGGACACGUGUUGGUAAAGACCCCAAGCCCUUUAACCUCUACAUGUUCCGAGGCAACAACCCCAUCAGCAAGAUUCAUCAGGUCAAAGAAUAUGUCACAGAUAUAAAUAUCUGGUUGGUCACGUUUGGCUUCCAUCUCCACAACGCAAUCCCAGGAUUCCCCAUUCCCAAGUUUGACCUGACGCAGCCAUCACUGGAGAUGAAAAAGAGCCAGCUGUGGGACGACCUGCCUUCCAUCUCAGGGGUCCAGCAGGAGGUGACUCGUCAGUCUCAGGCCUUCCUGUCUUUUGAGCGUAUGCCAGAAAUCCAGCUCAGCCGGCGGCACUCAGACCACGCCAAACCCUGGCUGUGGUUCGCCACUGUCAAGUCUCUGAUUGGGAAGGGAGUGAUGCUCGCUGUGAUCCAAGGCCGUGUGGUGACCAACGCUCUCAACAUUGCCAAUGAGGACUGCAUCAAAGUGGCUGCAGUCCUAAACAAUGCCUUUUACCUGGAGGACCUGCAUUAUACAGUGGAGGGACGAGACACACACUACUUCAUCAAGACCAAUCUGCCUGAAAACGACCUCAGCGCGCUGCGGCUCACCUCAGGCAGGAAAUCUCUGGAAAACGGUGUUAAUGUCACAGUGUCUCAGUCCACGACAGUGAUGAAUGGGAGAACAAGGCGCUUCGCUGACGUGGAGCUGCAGUAUGGGGCUCUGGCACUCCAUGUGCGUUACGGGACAACGCUGGAUGAGGAGAAAGCGCGAAUUCUGGAGCAUGCAAGGCAGAGGGCGCUCUCUAGCGCCUGGGCCCGUGAGCAGCAGCGGGUAAGAGAUGGGGAGGAAGGAGUUCGGCUGUGGACGGAGGGAGAGAAAAGGCAGUUGCUGAGCAGCGGGAAGGUUUUGGGUUAUGAUGGCUACUACGUGUUGUCAAUAGAGCAGUACCCUGAGCUAGCUGACAGCGCUAACAACAUCCAGUUCCUACGCCAGAGUGAGAUAGGGCGGAGGUAACACGGCAUCAACAAACAUCUCAUUUCUACCCCCUGUGACUGUCAGAGACUAAUAAAGUUCAGUUUUAACACGAAAUGGAUGUCAACUGACUCAAAACUAGCCACUGAAGAUACAGCAGGUUUGCAAAGUAGUUUUAUUCAAAGGAUGCUGAAGUUGGAUUUAUAGACUGAUUGAUGAUGUAAUAAUCACUUCAACACAACUGACCUAAAACCUUCUGAACCUACAGUUGUGAUAGUUUAAAACAGUCUUUAUGAGCCUGCAAAUGGUUCAGUCUUUUGACCAAUGCCUUUCUUUUUUCUUUUUUUCUUUCAUUCUUUCUUUCUUUCUUUUUCUUUCUUUCGCCCUGUCGUCUGCCUUCAAACAACCUGCACGCAUGCCCCUCCCCCACUCACUGGUAGGCGGGGCUAACCUGAGAGCUAUAAUGGUGCGCUAUCUAGCUGUGAAACAGCAGGAUGUAGAGACUUGUUCAAAUAACCAACUCAGCAUUUCAGCAGUCAUCACAACUAGAUGAGCCCACAAGCAUUUAGACAGUUGUAAACUGUCAGAGCAGUCUAUAGAACAAAUGUUUGUGGAUCCUUAACAGAUGUUGCAGGUAUCAUAUCUGUGUGAGUCCAGAUGUGACCCGUUGCUCUGGGCUAUAGACCUCUAUGAGCCAUGUCUAUAGGAUCUAUUGGUUCUGUGGCUGAAGCCAUUGAAUGGAACUGUUGUGGAACUGUUGUGGACUCUCUCUGAGAGAGACAGGCACAAAAAAUGGACUACAAUUUGUACGAAUGAAAAAAAAGACAGAUUUUCUGUUUGGAUUUUUUGUUUUGUUUUUAUAUAUAAACUUGCAUUUGCUUCAGACAAAAAGGGGAUAUAAAAAAUGAGCAAAAAAGUGUUUACAUACUAUUACCUAUACCACUAUUACUACUAUUACUACACCACCACCGGAAUGGACCAUGAUCUGGACUAAACAAAACUUUUAGUUUUUGUUUCUUUCUUACUGACAUGAUCUGUAUGGUCAGUUCUAAAACCACUCCUCCUUAUCCCCUCUGCUUUUACAAGGUCUAUAAAACCGUACAGUUUCAGACUACAAUCAACAGCGGUGUUUGAGGAAGCAGGGUGACCGUGGCUGUUACUGAUUCUAUGUGGAUGUACUCUUUAUGGACCGAGUGGGCUCACUGGUCCUGGUCAUUGGUCCCCUGUCAACCCAGGAGUCCUUCACUUCUGCAAAAUGUGACUCAUAAUGCAUAGACCUUGUGCUUUUAUCGGUUAAAGGUAGUAGUAUUGCUUGCAAUAGAAACAUGUUGUCAUUUGGUGGGGCAGGGUGCUGUGAGUAGUAACUAAUUGUUGCUUCUCUCCUUGUUUUUGCUCAUUUCUCCUUAAAGGGACAGUGCAUCGCCAUCAGUGACUUUAAUGAGUAACAGUAAUUGAUCAGAAAUCGAUGUGGAUGUUUUUCUCAUUGAUUGUGGGUCUCUACUCUUUUAAAGGAAUUUUUUGUGUGUAUGUGUGUUUACAAGGGUGGGAAGCCAACUUCAUUUUAAAGGAAAGAACAGGAACUUUACACAGAGUGUUAACAUCAUAUGCUACGAACCUUUUUUCAGACAAUUGAGAUGAGUUGACAAUGUUUUAUGGGUUUAUCUUUUUUAUUUUGAAAGUUGAGAAAUUCCACUUAUCCGUACAUCAAAAUUAGUCUCAGAGAAAGUAAUUUAUGUACAGUGUUUCUACGGUAAAGAAUAAAAAUCCUUGAAACUA